CAACCUCGAUCACAAUUCAUACCACAACCAACCAAAUCUUCUAAACAAUUCUCAAUUUGGCCUAGAAGCCGCCUAGAAUCUGUUAAAUAAACACAUAACCAAAAAAUAAACCCGCCAAAAUGCCCAAGUCAAGACGCGCAAAGGUCGUCCACCUUACCCAGGUCGACAAGAAGACGCGCGAGAACAAGGACAAGCUCUUCCAGAACAUCCGCGACACUGUCCCCGAGUACCAGAACUGCUUCGUCUUCAGCGUUGACAACAUGCGAAACAACCACCUCAAGGACGUUCGACGUGAGCUCUCUGACUGCCGUGUCUUCUUUGGCAAGACAAAGCUCAUGGCGAAGGCCCUUGGUCAGACUCCCGAGGAGGCUAUCGCUCCUGGAAUUGAGCACCUCAGCAAAUACUUCACCGGCACCGUCGGCCUGAUCUUGACCAACCGUCCCGCCGAAGAAAUCCUCACUUACUUUGAGAACCUCGCUCCUGUCGACUUUGCCCGCGCCGGCGCUGUCGCUACUCGCGACUUCUCCAUUCCCACUGGUGUCGUCUACGCUACCGCCGGUGAGGUUCCCGCAGAGCACGAUGUUCCUCUGGCGCACACCAUCGAGCCCGAGCUGCGACGUCUUGGUGUCCCUACCCGCAUGGUCAAGGGCCGAGUCGUUCUUGGUGACGAGUCUGGCCAGGGUGAGGAGUACACUGUCUGCAAGGAGGGAGAUGUUUUGGAUUCGCGACAGACAAGGUUGCUCAAGCUCUUUGAUAUGUGCAUGAGCGAGUUCAAAGUCAAGGUGCUAGCAUACUGGAACGCUGGCAGCUCUGAGGUGACAGAAGUCAACACCAAUGCUAUGGACGAGAAUUAGAUAAGCUUAUAACUGGGCAUAAAACGGUGCUAGACGUUGGGUUUGACAUCUUCUGUUUGAAUGACUGAUACCAGCAUGAAAUUUUUAUGGGAUCUCGGCGUUGAGGGCCAUGGGAUAUGGAGGGCAUCAUGUUUUACCAAUUGGCCCGCCCCUGAAUGACAAUACGUACUUUAAAACAUUCACGCAACUUGAUGCUUCUUUUAA